AUGUCGUCGAGGAAGAAGGUGUUGUUGAAGGUUAUCAUCCUCGGUGACAGCGGCGUGGGCAAGACGAGUUUAAUGAAUCAAUAUGUGAACAAGAAAUUCUCCACCUCCUACAAGGCCACCAUUGGCGCCGAUUUCCUUACCAAAGAAGUCACGGUCGAUGAUAGAACCGUCACGCUACAAUUGUGGGAUACGGCAGGCCAAGAGCGCUUCCAGUCCCUCGGGGUCGCCUUCUACCGCGGCGCCGACUGCUGCGUAUUGGUGUACGACGUCAACUCGACCAAAUCGUUUGAGACACUCGACUCCUGGCGCGACGAGUUCCUCAUCCAAGCCAGCCCGCGCGACCCGGAGAGCUUCCCCUUCGUUGUGCUGGGCAACAAGAUUGAUUUGGGUGAAGAGCGGAGGAUGAUUUCACAGAAAAGGGCCCUCGCCUACUGCCAGCAGCGCGGCCAGAUGCCUUACUUCGAGACCAGCGCCAAGGAGAGCAUCAACGUCGAACAGGCCUUUGAAGUGAUUGCAAGGAAUGCUUUGGCCCAGGAAGAGAGUGAGGAAUACGGCGGCGACUUCUCGGACCCUAUCAACAUCAAUCUUGAUCAAGAGAGGGACGGAUGUGCUUGUUAA